AUGGGUAACACAAACACUGGUGUUCAACUUUAUCGAAAAAAGAUUGAUUCAACUGGUAAUUAUCUUCCUUUUCCAGGUUAUACCAUUAUCGCACAUGCUACACACCCAUUACCCAAGCCAUUAGUGGAGCUAGUCAGCUAUCUUUCUUCAAGUGAACUUCGAAAAUAUUAUUCAUUUCUACCAACUACAAGUUAUCAUGUUACUAUAAAUCCACUUGAAGGUGUUCAUGACGAACAUAAAGAACUUUUAGAACAAGAACAAGGCAGAUUAAAGCAGCAAGAUACUUCACUUGUAGGUACAGCUCAAAAUCUACUCUGUUCUACUAUUAUUUUAAUUGAAGUACAACUCAACGAUAGUAAUAAUCCAAAUUUUGAACAGAUUAUUCAAUAUGUUCGAUCUACUAAUUUACAACAGGCGAAUAUUCUACGUAAUUACACACAAUCUUGGCAUUUAACAUUAGCUUAUCCAUAUAAGGAUAUAGAAAACAAUGAAAUAAAAGAAAGACUUUAUAAAAUAAUUGAAAACAUGCCUGAAUCAGCGAAACUUCCUUUUAUGAUUCCACUUGAACAUAUACGAAUAUGUCGUUAUAAUGAUAUGACAAGAUUCACAUCGAUAUAA